AUGUCUCAGACUAAAGAUACUAUUAAAAGCUUACGCAAACAAAAUGAUGAUUUGAAGAAUGAAAUCGAUACUCUACGAGACGAAUUUAGAAAAUUUCAAGAUUCCGUCGCCAGUAAAGGAAAUAGCCAUGAUGCUCAGAUAUUCCAGACUCCAAGCGUAGAAACUCAGAAAAGCUUGGACUAUUUUGGAAAUGAAUAUGACGAUCUAAAUUGCUUCAGCAAAACAGCUAAACAACAAAUCUCGCAUCUAGAACCUCGACUUGCUGAAAUAGCUGACAAGGUUGAACCUGUAUCAAACUCGAUUGAUGAAGCACAAGAAUAUUCUUAUUCGUACAAUGUGAAAGUCGUUGGAAUACCACAUCUUAAACAAAAAGAAUCUGCGAGAGAUAAAAGUGAUCUUUGUAUAAAAAUCUUUCACGAAAUGGGCAUUGCUCACCGUGUGCCUACAAGGAAGAUGAAUGAUAAUCAGCCAAAGCCGAUUAUUUGCAAGUUUACACACGGCGUCUUGCUCGAGAGCAAUUUAUGGCAGUGA